GCCGCCGCGCAGAAGGGAAGGGACCACCGCCUCGCCUGUCCCGUUUCAAAAUGGCCGCGCCAUGGCUGGUGGUCAUCGCCUUCUUAGCAACUUUCUCGGGUCACGCGGUCGCUGAUGAGGAUUCUCAAGGCAAAACAGGUUUCUGCAACGUUGCCGCCGACAGCGAGGGCCAAGGCAUUGCCUGCCAGCCUCCUGUGGAUGCCAACGAGCAUGUCAAGUCAGUUUACGUCGCAAACGAUUCUGAAUCAGUGAAACCCGGCACUCACCGGCUAGUGAUAUUCACUGUCGCUAGUGACGAGACGGAUGGUUUUAAGCGUUUUGCUCGCUCCGCUAAAAUAUAUGGCCUCGAACCAAAGAUUCUUGGAAUGCACGAAGACUGGCUUGGUGGUGACAUGGCUAAAGGCAUGGGAGGUGGCUACAAAGUCAGGCUCCUAAAGAAGGCACUGGAGGAUUACAAGGAUGACGUGGCAACAUUAAUCAUGUUUGUUGACAGUUAUGAUGUCAUAUUCAGUGCCGGCGAAGAUGAAAUACUCCGGAAGUUCUACAAAUUCAACGCCAAUGUUGUGUUUUCUGCCGAGGGCUUUUGCUGGCCGGACAGAAGUCUUGCGGAAGCUUAUCCAAGAGCAAAUGGGGAACGUUUCUUGAAUUCAGGAGCUUGCCCCGAUUUCUCAUUCGCAGGUUUCAUCGGUUAUGCCCGCCAGUUGUAUAGCAUUGUUUCUAGCUCCGAUCUGGAAGACGAUGCGGACGACCAGUUGUUCUACACAAAGAUUUACCUCAAUGAGGACCUUAGGAGAAAAUGGGGCAUCAAGCUGGACCACAAAGCUGAAAUUUUCCAGAAUCUGAACGGAGCAGUAGGCGAUGUUGAGCUACUGGGCUUAGACUCUGAGCCAUACCUGCAUAAUUCUGCGUAUGGGACGACGCCUUUGGUUAUACAUGGCAAUGGGCCCAGCAAAGUCACAUUGAACAACCUUGGAAACUACCUUGCCAAGUCCUGGAACGAUAUGGCUGGUUGCCGCGUUUGCUAUGACACCUUCAGUCUUUCCGACAAGCUGGACUCUGAGCUUCCUAAGGUUCUGAUUGGCAUCUUUGUGGAGCACCCCACGCCUUUCUUGAAAGAAGCUCUGCAGAAAGUCUACAGCCUGAACUACCCCAAGGAGAAGAUACAUCUCUUUGUGCAUAAUGCUGAGGAGUUCCACAAUGAAGAAGUGACCAAAUUUGUGGAGGAGAAAGGGCCGGCCUACCACUCCGUGAAGUACCUGGAUGUAUCCGAGGCCAAAAAAGAGUGGCAUGCUCGCAAUCUGGCUCUGGAGGAGUGUUUGAAGAUCAACUGCGAUUACGCCUUCUUUGUGGACAGUGAAGCCCAUCUUGACAAUCCCGACACUCUGAGGCUUCUCAUAGAGACAAACAGGACGAUUGUAGCACCACUGCUGUCAAGAGAGAAAAGCCUGUGGUCCAACUUCUGGGGUGCCCUCUCUGCAGACGGCUACUACGCACGGUCCCACGACUACGUGUCUCUCGUGAAACGGGAGCGCAAGGGCAUAUGGAACGUGCCUUUCCUGAACGGGGCGUACCUGAUCAAUGGUUCGCUGGUCAAGUCGCGCGAGAAAUUCCCAUCCUUCAUCAACGGUCUCCUGGAUCCCGACAUGGCCUUCUGCAAGAACAUGCGCGACAAGGGUAUAUUUAUGUUCCUGACAAACAUGGAUAACUACGGUCACCUCAUAAACGCCGAGACAUUUGACAUCAGGCACAAAAAUCCAGACUUCUAUGAAAUCUACAGCAAUCAAAAGGACUGGGAACGACGUUACCUUCAUGAAAAUUACACCAAAGUUCUUGAUCCCAGCUACAAGGUUGAUAUGCCUUGUCCAGAUGUGUACUGGUUCCCAGUUGUCAGCGAGACCUUCUGCGAACAUCUUAUUCAGAUAAUGGAAAAUUUCGGAAAGUGGUCCAGUGGCACAAAUGAAGAUGAACGACUUGCUGGGGGUUACGAGAACGUACCAACUAGGGACAUCCACAUGAACCAAGUUGGCUUGGAACAGCACUGGCUCUAUUUUCUCAGAGAAUACAUCAGACCUGUGCAAGAAAAAGUUUUCUUGGGAUACUUCCAUGAUCCUCCAAAAGCUAUUAUGAACUUUGUUGUUCGUUAUCAUCCGGAGGAGCAGUACUUCCUACGUCCACACCAUGACUCAUCGACAUACACUAUCAAUAUCGCCCUUAACAGACCACAUAUAGACUAUGAGGGUGGUGGCUGCCACUUUCUAAGGUACAACUGCAGUGUCGUAGACCUCAAACGUGGCUGGACCUUGAUGCACCCUGGACGUCUGACACAUUAUCACGAAGGCCUUGCGGUUACAAAAGGGACACGCUACAUUAUGGUCUCUUUUGUGGACCCUUAAGGUUGCUGCUUUUGUUUCCAUUUGCACUGGUGUGACUAUGUGCAGCAAACUAUUUCAUAUGGAAGCUUGAAGUUCUUAUUCUUCUCCUGUUCUACGAGUCAUCUAAAUUGAAGAAAUGUUGUGCUUGAAUCUUUGUGAGGGUUGCAACACAUGAUACUCUAGGAAAAGUUCAUGAAGUCUGCCGAUGGUUCAACGAUUUCCUGUGAAUUGCUACCAGUGAAACUGUUUUUGGGAAGCGUCCCUGGAUCUUUCAGUUCAGUGUAUGAACAGUGGCUAGAGGUCCUCUUGCAAAUGGGGCUGGUAUUUUAAAAUUUCUCAGAUGUCACUAUUCGUAGCAUGUCUGAAGAGGUACGGAAAGGUGUAAGAGGACUUUAGAGUGAAAGCAUGUGGUGUGUGUGACAAUAUAGGAGAACGGUAUUUUUUUACACGUGCCUUUAAUAGUCUCACGAAAAGCUGUAUGGUGUCAUCAUGCGACUCGGAGAUGUUAUGACUGUUUCCCAUUGCUACUGUCAUUUAUGCUUCUACUUUCUCAAGAAUUCAAAAUGAAUGUGCAAGGUUUACAUGAUUUACUAUGCUUUGGUGUGCUGUGUACUUGUAAUUCCUAUAUUUUGCUCAUGUCAUGUUUUUUAUGUCACAAGAUUCUUGCUCUGAGCAAUGGCUUUCUUUUUCUUAUGAUUAAUUACUAUAAGCCAACCUAUUGAAGUGACCUGCAGUCUUUAUACAAUUGCAGUUAUUGCAUGUAGUGGCUAUCCUAGCUUUAUUGUGUGGAAUAGCAAAUAGUUGAUGAUGACAAGCCUAAGUACACUAAUGUCUGCACUUGUUAGAGUAGCAACCAUCAUUUUUUAUUUAGUGCUCUGUCGUUUACACUCUCUCGGUCACUAGCGUAUAGUGGGAUGUUUGUCAUGGCUUCACAGCAAUUUGUUUGUCUUUGUAUCGUGCCAUCUCUUACCAUAUUAUUCCUACUUCUAUGAAGAACUUAUCUCUCAAUUUAAUUCAAGCUACUGCCAUUUAUGCAUCUAGUCAAAUUUUUACUUUAUAUGCUGUAUCAUAGCACAAUCAGUACGUGAAGGCAAUGGCUAUUCAUUAUUUAAAGUUCUGUCUUGAACAAAUUCUGUUUCGUUGUGCAGGCUAGAUUUGUUCAAUUGUCACUGUGUAUUUCUAGAUCACCUUUAUUUUAGCAGCAGUAGUUUUUCUCUUGGAGAGUGUGACUGAUCUGAAUGUGGUGGCUUUUAUAAGGACAAUGUUUGGUAUGUGUUUAUGGUGCCUAAUUAUUUUUGCAGCAAAAUUAUCGUCAUUUUGAGAUGAGCCUGGCAUAUUCAUUGCCACCUGACAUGCAAUACUUUAUACUGAAUUGCAACAAAUAAUGAUAAAUGUAAUGACAAAGCAGUCACCUAUAGAUUCUUGUUUCUGGACACAGGACUUUGUCAGCAUAACUUCCUACAAUGUUUUUUUUUUAAUUCAUGUUGCUGCCUUUUUUGCUUUUAUUUGACAACUUACUCAAACACGAGCCAUAAUCAUUAUGUGUUGGAAAUAUGUGCAGAUUCGUUACAUUUUUCAGCAUAAAAAUGUGAGUAAAAAAGAUGAAGCAUUUUUUUAUAUUAGCAUAUUGUAGCACACUCACUGAUGUCAGCCAAAACAAUGUGUUGGUAUAUGCAGUUGUCUCUAUUUGGUGUAUUUUGUCACUUUAUAAAACCUUUGCACAUUUGCCUAAUGCCGUGUGCUGAAUUUGGAUCUGUUGGAAAGGAUACUGCAAAUUGUUUAUGUGCACGAAACUAGUGUGAAGCAUGUAUCUUCUUGCAAUAGUGUUGUUUCCUUGACUGACGCCUUCAAGUACAGUAGUUUAGAGGACAUGAGUCGAGAGAAAAAGACAUUGUAGCCAAUGCACUUGCUUUCGACUCAAAAUGUGUCGUGGACAGACAAAGUUGAGUGGUGAGUUUGCUAGGAAACUUUACAUUUAUGCAAAUGAUGUGCCCCAUAAGUUUUCAUGGUCUGCCAUUCUCUCCAUGUGCACACGCUAGCUGUGUGCUAGCUGGCAGCUAUGAGCUCGCCAACUACGCAUGUAUUACAAGUGCCAAACUGUCCUGACCACUAGGUUUCUUAUUUACAUUUUUUGACUAUUUAUAGAUCGCAAUUUUGUUUUAUGCUCUUAACCUGCUGAAGCUUCCGGUCGCUGCUUGUGGGGCUGCUUUUUUUGUUAUUUUUCUUGUAGUCUAGUCUUAUAAUCAGCGCUUGAGAAUGUUCUCAAAGAGGAAAAUUAAAACUAACUGCGCAGAAACAUUCAGGGCUAGUUUAAUGUAGAACCCACAUUGCUCUUGGUUGGAGGACACUUACCUUUUUCAUAUACCCUGGAACCAACCAAAAGCUUCGCAGUAAACUCUGCUGCAUCUGCCAUGUAUAUGUUACUUUACCAGUUAUCAUGCAUGUCUGUGACUUGGUUUUCCAACAAGUGAUUUCAUAAUUGAAUGCAUUGUAGAGGAAUGAGUUCAUGAAAGUCGCACGUAUCCGGUGUCACAAGUGCUUCGCUUUUUUGUUGCACCAAUGUUUUAGGUUGGUGUUCGUUGUUGCUGCUUGCUCUUUCUCUUCUAAUGGUUUAUUGUAGGUGCCAAUACUCAUUUGCAAUCACUGUUUAGCUCUCAUCCCAAGCACCACUGAGUGGGCCUAUGUAAGCCUGACGUCACAUCCGCCACCAUCGUAGGGCCUGCAUAGUACAUUGAUGGGUUUACAGUGGUGCAGCUUUCCCUACUGCUGAGAAUGGUUCUUCGGACUUAAUUUGUGGCCAAUACUUGAACACAGCUGUGGUUGAAAAACUGCUUGAAAAAAUAUUUUGUACAAAUAAAUAAACAGUUUCUCAGAAUGUGUUUUUGCCUUGUCAUGGU